CACAAGAUGGCGACUCCAGUGCUGGGAUGUGAGGAGUGAAUCAGACCUGCAGUAAAACACACCGCGCUCAUCACAACUGCUGCUCACACACACCCGAUCAUCUCUCCUCACACAACACACUCAUUCUCCAGUGUUCGCUGUUGGAUUCGCUGGGAUUUAAAGUUUAGCUCGGCAACAUCGCUAAUGUAGGAUUCCUAGACUGGACAAUUCAUCAAAACCCCAUCGCCUUCACAAUAUAAAUCAUACAGUCAGAGUCGUUCCUUGUGAAAUAACUUUGGAUGUGAGGAAAUAAGGCAGAUUGUGUGUGUGUGUUGUUCAAACCUUUGUCCAUCUGGAUCACUGACUGCAAUGGCCAUCCAUGUGUUCGAUAACGAUGAGUACAGACCUCCCGUGUGGAAAUCCUAUUUGUACCAGCUCCAGCAGGAGGCGCCGCAUCCACGCAGGGUCACGUGCACAUCUGAGGUGGAGAAUCGGCCCAAAUAUUACGGAAGAGAGUAUCAUGGGAUGAUCUCCAGAGAGGAAGCUGACCAACUACUCAGUGUGGCUGAAGGAAGUUAUCUGAUCCGAGAGAGCCAGAGACAGCCGGGAACAUACACUUUAGCUCUGCGCUUUGGGAAUCAGACCCGAAACUUCCGUCUCUUUUACGAUGGGAAGCAUUUUGUGGGGGAGAAACGCUUCGAGUCGAUCCACGACCUGGUGACGGACGGUCUGAUCACGCUGUACAUCGAGACCAAAGCAGCCGAGUACAUAUCUAAGAUGACCAUCAACCCCAUCUACGAGCACGUGGGCUACACCACCCUGAACCGCGAGCCGGCGCUGAAGAAAGCGCUGCCCGUCUGCAGAGACAUUCCCGACGGGAAAGACACACCCGGAGACGAGCUGGAGGAGAGGCUCACGUCGCUGGUCCGGCGAGCCACGCUGAAGGAGAGCGAGCGCGCGCCCAAGUACGAGAAAGUCCACAACUUCAAGGUGCACACCUUCAGAGGGCCACACUGGUGCGAGUACUGCGCCAACUUCAUGUGGGGACUCAUCGCUCAGGGGGUCAAAUGUGCAGACUGUGGGCUGAACGUCCACAAGCAGUGCUCCAAGAUGGUGCCGAACGACUGCAAGCCGGACCUGAAGCACGUGAAGAAGGUGUACAGCUGUGACCUCACCACACUGGUCAAGGCCCACAACACCAAACGGCCCAUGGUGGUGGACAUGUGCAUACGAGAGAUCGAGUCCCGAGGUUUGAAGUCUGAGGGUCUCUAUCGAAUCUCUGGAUUCAGUGACCUAAUCGAAGAUGUGAAGUUAUCGUUCGACAGAGAUGGAGAGAAAGCAGACAUCUCCGUCAACAUCUAUGAAGACAUCAACAUCAUCACAGGGGCUCUUAAACUGUACUUCAGGGAUCUUCCGAUCCCCGUCAUCACGUACGACGCGUAUCCACGCUUCAUCGAGGCCGCCAAGCUGACGGACCCAGACGAGCGCCUGGAAGCUCUUCAUGAAGCGCUGAAGCUGCUGCCUCCUGCUCACUGCGAAACACUGCGCUAUCUAAUGGCACAUCUCAAGAGGGUAACUCAGAACGAGAAGGAUAACCUGAUGAACGCCGAGAACCUCGGGAUCGUGUUCGGGCCGACUUUGAUGCGGGCGCCCGAUCUGGACGCCAUGACGGCUCUGAACGACAUCCGCUACCAGAGGCAGGUGGUGGAGGUCCUCAUCAAGAACGAAGACAUCCUCUUCUAGCAUCACUGGCGCUGCGUGAACCCACCACGAUCUUUUGUGUGGACUUGAAUAUGAAGGACUCUUGUACUACAGUAUUUUUUUGGAGCAGUUCUUACCCUUCUUCUCCCUGUCCGACGGGUGAUGCACCUGUAUCUUGCAUGUCUUCCUCCCCAUUUUUGUCGGGGGUCGCUGAAGCUGGAGGGGGCGGAGCUCAAGACAGUGGGCGUGGCCUACUUCAGCAUUAUCAUGGGAUGGUCGUCUCGUCUGCCGCUCGAGUCCGACAGAUCGCACUUCUGUUACAAACGGACGUUUUUGUUUUGUUUUUGUAAAACAUUGUGAAUUUGAUAUCGUCAGUUUUGGGGACACUUUAUCUGAAGAGCCGGUGACGUUGUUCAGGCGUAAUAAUCUCUUCAUUUGAUACAUAAACUCGUCAGACAAUCCUCAGUCAUCAUUCAUAUUGCUCUCUCUGCUCGACUACGAGGUUUGUGAUUCGCGUAUGCUAUGAAUGUUUCUCUUCCAUGAGAUAUGUAUGACUCUGCAGGUAAAGUGUCACCAGUGAUUCUUCAAAAUCUGUGAUUUGUUUUUAUUUUUUGGUUGUUGUUUUUUCUUUUUUUUUUAAUUCCUUGCGUCAGGUUGAUCUGACUCUGUUCUGCCUUCACAUGCCGGACCUCUACACGAGAGUCGGACGAAUUAUUUCUACUGUAGACACACGUUCAGGAAGAAUAUUUGCAUUCCGUGUACAUUUCAUAAUCCUUGAUCUAGACUUGCCUUUAGAAAUCCUUCUUACACUCUCAACAUGACUGGUUGAUGUUUUUGGUUCUGUAUGUGUUUUUUGUAUUUGAUUUGAGCAUGAAUAAGUUAAUUUAUUAAAUUGUACUUUUAGGA